ACAAAAAUUAAGCUAAAAGAAGAAGAACAUCAAAAUAUGUUUGCAGUGUGGAGCUAUGAUGGGAAAAUGGUUUAUGAAAAAAUUAUUGAAGCAACAGAGGAUUUUGAUGACAAACAUAUUAUUGGCGUAGGUGGCCAUGGAAUUGUUUAUAAAGCUGAAUUGUCUACAGGUCAAGUUGUUGCUAUAAAGAAACUUCACUCACUCUCAGAAGAUAGUGUGGUCAAUCUAAAAGCUUUUACCAGUGAGAUAUGUAGUCUAACUGAAAUACGACACCACAACAUUGUAAAGCUUCAUGGUUUUUGCUCACAUCCAAGACACUUGCUUUUAGUUUAUCAAUUCUUGGAAGGUGGGAGCUUGGAAAAGAUACUAAACAAUGAUGAAUUAGCACUGGAGUUUGAUUGGGUUAAGAGGGUAAAUGUUGUUAAAGGUGUGGCAAGUGCUCUGUCUUAUAUGCAUCAUGAUUGCUCUAGUCCAAUAAUUCAUCGUGAUAUAUCAAGCAAGAAUGUUUUACUAGAUUCAGAAUAUGAAUCUCAUGUCUCUGAUUUUGGCACAGCUAGGAUUAUGAGUUCUGACACAUCUUAUUGGACUUCGUUUGCUGGUACAUUUGGAUACACUGCUCCUGAGCAUGCAUAUACAAUGGAAGUAAGUGAAAAGUGUGAUGUUUAUAGCUUUGGAGUAGUUGCGUUGGAAGUAAUUAUUGGAAGGCAUCCGGGUGAUUUGAUCUCAUCAUUUGUAUCAUCAUCAUUUUCAUUAUCGUCCCAUGAUGUGCUGCUAGAAGAUAUAUUGGAUCAACGUCUUGCACAUCCUACAAAUAGAGUUGCAGAGAAGGUGGUUUUAGUGGCAAAGAUAGCAUUAGCAUGCUUACACACCAGUCCACAAUCUCGUCCCACCAUGCAACAAGUUUAUCAGAAACUAUUAAAUUGGAAAUUCCCUUUCACAAAGCCUUUGCGCAUGAUCACAUUAAGAGAGCUCAUUGAUCUUGGGAAUUUGAAUGAAGCUUCAUAAGUGUUUACAUAUCUCAUGUAU